AUGGAAAACACAUAUUUAAUCAAUCUACCUACCGAAAUACUUUAUCGUAUAUUUGAUUAUUGUGAUAUCGAAACGAUUCUACUUAAACUUCGUCGUGUUUGCAAAAGGCUUCGUACUAUUGUUUAUCAAUAUAAUCGAUUUCACGUUGAAUUUAAUGAGAGAAAUAUAAUGUAUGUGAGGCAUCUACUUCAUAUUGUGCCAAACCAUUCUAUCGUUUCUUUGAAUAUGCAAUUGAUGAAAAGAUGGUAUGAGAUAUUUAACGACUUGGUUCAUAAAUAUAAAAGUCGAUUUACACGACUUCGAUAUUUGAGAAUUCCUGAGGUGAAAGACGAACAUUGGAAAAAUCUUUUCACGAAUGAAAAUUCCAUAGAACUGAUCUCACUCAAAAUCGAUUUCAUCGAUACACCAAAUUCCGCAGUAUUUUCUAAGCUGUCAUCAAUGUUGACGAAAUUAAAUGUUCAAAAAUUGUAUUGUAGAAUGUUAGAAUACAAAGCUAAAAAUAUGUCAUGGCCUAUUCCAUGCAAAUUAACGUAUUUGAAAUUGAGAAGAUGUCUUUAUAGUGAAUAUCUUCUUCUUCUUCUUCAAUUACCUUGUCUCAAAAUACUUGAACUGGAGGAAUGUAUUAUGAAAACUGAAAAUACGUGUACACCAUCAUCUAAUAUCUCAUUCAUUUCACAAUUAACAUGUUUGAUCAUUACUGAUUGUUCAGUACCGAUAGAAUAUCUUAGAUCAUUAAUUUUAGAAACACCUAAACUUCGUCAUCUCAAGUUAUGUUAUCGAAAAGAGAUAUUCAAAUCUGUUGUUGAUAUUUAUGAUUGGGAAAAAUUUAUCCGAACUGAAUUGAAUUUUCUCGACACAUGUGACUUUUUAGUCUACUACAAAAUUCCACCAAAUGAUAAAACUAAUCUUCAAUUAAUUCUUGCUCCAUUUCUAGAAUCAUUUUGGGUGAAUGAAAAACGUUGGUUUAUUGGUUGUGAAUAUGUCUUGGGACAUUCAACUAUUUUACUUUAUACAAUAUCAACGAAUUUUAAUUUUUACUCUUAUAAAGACGUGUGUUAUGCAAUCUCAGCUAAAAACAAUAACUAUCAUUUAAUUCAACGAUUACAUAAUGACAUUUUGACUGAUACACUCAUCACAUUAGAUAUCUCUCACGGAUACGUCCAUGAAGAAGAUGUGCAAUAUCUCGUUCCUGUAUUAGAAAAUAAUCAUCCAAUUGUUAAGAUGUAUCUAAACAGAAAUUGGAUAAAAAAAGUUAGUGUACAACGUAUUAUUGAUGCAUUGCAAUAUAAUACCACAGUGACAACAGUGAAUCUUCAAGAAUUUAAUAUUAAAGAAGAAGAAGCUUAUCAUAUAGCUCAUAUGUUAGAAACUAAUAAAGGACUCAAGAUUAUUAGUCUUGAAAGUAACGCAAUUGGAGAUAAUGGUGCACGAGAUCUCGCUUUAGCAUUACGAAACAAUAAAACUCUUACAACGCUCGAUCUCGCCCGCAAUAAAAUUGGUAUUCUCGGGGCAGAAUAUUUCUUUGAAUCUUUACAAUCGUCUCCAGUCAAAGUAUCCUUAGAGGAAAAUAGAGAUUUUUGUCAUCUAGUUGAACCGGUGAGCCGAAUCAAAAAUGAUCAGUCACUAACGAAAUUCUCGUUGAACAAAAUUCAUUUAAAAGCUGUGACCGCCAAAUAUAUUGCUGAUGCUUUACAGAAGAAUACAACCAUCAAAGAACUCGAUCUAAGUUAUAAUUGUAUUGGUACAAAAGAAAUAAUCCAUUUCGCUAAUAUUUUACGGGAAAAUACAAUGUUGAUCACGUUGAAUCUUAAUAAUAACUGGCUCAACGCAGUUAGUCUUCAAUACCUUGUACAAGCCUUGAAACAUAAUACUACACUGCACACAUUGAAUCUAAGUUAUAAUUAUAUCGGAUGUGAUGGAGUUGAAUAUGUAACUGAACUGUUAAAAACCAACAAAACACUUACUACAUUAGAUAUAUCGAAUAACCAAAUAGAGAAGACCGACAUACAAUCCCUGUGCAUAUUACUGCAAAAAAACCUGACGAUUUCUGAAAUAUUUUGCAAUGGAAAUCCAACUUCUCCACAGAACACACGAUGUAUUUAUGAUCUAUUGUGUGCAAACACCACACUGAAAACACUACAUCUAGGUGCCAAUCACUCUGAUAAACCUGAAAUAAGAAUACUCGUGGAUGGAUUAGAAUGCAAUACAACUAUAGAAACAUUAAAUUACAAACCUUUCAGAAAAAGACGCACAUAUUACGCGAAAGUUAUUGAAUCACAAACUCAUCGAGAGCUCAUCACGUUGGAAAUGGGAUGGGCGCCAAUCGCUGAAACAACAAUCGAUUCUUUUUUUUCUACCAUUGCCAAUCACCCAACACUUACUACAUUGAAUAUGAGACAGAAUCUUACAUCAAUCGAUGAUUUAGAUCAUUUUGGUGAUAUUUUAAGAAAUAACAUGAGAUUGACGACAUUAUGCUCAGAAAAAAAUGUCAUUGGCAAUCAUGGUGCGGAAAAUCUUGCUUCUGGGUUACGAGAUAAUAUGACACUCAAAACGUUGAUUCUAUCCUCUGCUCGAAUCGGAGUAGCUGGUGCAAAGAGUCUUGCCGAUGCCAUACAAAAUAAUACAACACUAACUACAUUCGUCUUGAAACACGAUCAAAUUGGAGUUCAAGGAACUGAAUAUCUUGCAAAUAUGUUGAAAAUCAACAAAACACUAGUCGACAUUGAUUUGACAAAUAAUCAGAUUAGUGAUGAUGGAGCACAACUGAUGGCUGAUGUACUAGUUCAGAACGAGACACUUUCGAAACUAAAUCUUUGCACGAAUAACAUUGGAGUUCGUGGAGCAAAGUCUAUUGCCAAUGCAUUACAGAACAACACAACACUUACUGUGUUGGAUCUAAGUAGAAAUAGAAUCUUGAGCGAAGGAGCACACUAUCUUGACAAUGCACUGGAAAUGAACAAGACACUGAAAGAAAUGUAUGUUUCUUUUAAUCAAAUUGAAGAUGAUGGUGUAGAAUAUCUGAGAGUAUCGUUAGAGAAAAAUAUCACACUCACUGAAUUACAUAUAGGAUCGAAUGGCAUUACUGAUACAAUGUAUAAAGAGAAGCUUUAA